AUGUCUCGAAAGACGACGCACUCGCCUGGCCAAAACAAGCACGCCGCGUAUAUCCAACGCUCGUCGACGCCCGACUCGUCCGCCGUCAGGCCAUUCGUCCAGAAGUUGCCUGAAGCCGACAAUGCCCUGCUCGCAGUAUCGGAUGACAAAGUCGGGUUCCGGAAGGUGCAUACCGUCAAGGAGUACAAGGAAAGCGAGACGAGGUGCAUCAAGUCCCCACCUAUGCCCGCCGGUACCGCACAGGAGGGCCUCCACAAUCGAUUGGGCGGGCUGCAGGCCACGGUUCCAAGGACGGCAGUCGUGCUACGUAAAGGUGACGUCGAUCUGCUGUCAGACACUCUUCGCUCCCUGGCCGACAGCGACGUGCCGUGGAGCGUGCGUGGCAGCCCGUCCCUGGCCAUGCGAUCUGCAACCUUGGCCGACGCCAUGGCGAUCCUGAGCGGGGGAUCCUCACGUCGCGUCGUGUAA